AUGCUACGGGCGCGCAGUGCUCUUGCAUUCAGAGCAGUUCCUUUUCUCCGCAAAACUCGAUGCAAACAACCUUCGACAAUUCGGUGGCUGGCCACCAAAACGGAUGAUGAAACUCGCAUCUAUGAUGAAUUAAAGUGGCUGUCCAGUGAGAUUAUUCGUAAUGAUGAAUUAUAUUACAAUGAACAACCUAUCCUGGAGGAUGAAGAAUUUGACGCCCUCGUCAGAAGAGAGAAUGAAAUCAAAACGCAAUUUCCAAAGCUGUUGAAAAAGCUUCAGAAAGAGUCUGGUCUAGGCGCCGAGGCCACUCGAGAUGGGCGUGUAGGAAGUCAAUCUAACGUUGUGGAACGCAAAAAGAGAAAACACUUGCGUCCCAUGUUGUCCCUGGACAAUGCUCACGAUGAACCCCAACUUUUGUCAUGGUUGAAUCGUGUCAGUAAGGCCACCGUGGAAGUGAUGUCUGAAUCUGGAUCAUCAUCUGAAUCCAGUGACGAUUCUACCGUUUGGAUUUUAACAGAGCCCAAAUUGGAUGGAGUCAGCCUAUCACUAAGAUAUGAAAUAGAAACAUUGAAAGAUGGAAAUCAAUCAUACGAACUGAGUUGGGCAUCCACCAGAGGCGAUGGUCGGGUUGGUCAGGAUGUGACCGAAGCCGUUAGUUCCAUACCCGACAUUCCCAAGUCUCUCAGUGUUAUUGAUAAGAUCAGGCCUAAGAAAGGCGAUGAGAUGGUGUCUAUACUAGAGAUUCGAGGGGAAGUCGUCUUUCCAAAAACACAGUUUGAAGCGCUUUCAACCAAUUUUACGUUCAGCAACACCCGGAAUGCCGCCGCUGGAAUCCUUCUCCGGAAACCAUCGGAAGACCCCGAGGAGGCUGAAGAAGCCAAGGAACUUCAAGGUCAACUGCAAUUCUAUGCCUAUGAUGUUGUGGGAGACAAAGGCGCGUUUUCAAACGGGCUUGACAAUCGAGCAAUGAUGCAAGAAUGGGGUUUCGUUGUGCCAGCGCCAGCCAUUGUUACGGAUUUGGAAUAUACCCGAAACUCGACACAAGAAGAGUUCUUGGAGCAAAUGAAUAUCAAUCAAAUGCUAGUAUACUACGAGUCCCUUCGUCGUCAUAGGCUGGGUCUUGGUCCAGAUUCGUCCGUCGAUUACAAUUGGAGGGAUUUCGACAUGGAUGGUUGCGUGCACAAAGUUGCGAAUCCAGAUAUCAAGCAAGAAAUGGGCCGAUCCAUGAAAUCUCCCAAUUGGGCCGUGGCGCACAAGUAUCCAGCAAUUUCUGCUGUCACGGAAUUGAUCGAUGUGAUUGUUCAAGUUGGACGUACUGGAGCACUUACUCCGGUGGCAAUCUUGAAGCCAGUUGCAGUUGGCGGAGUCAACAUCUCCAGAGCGACGCUUCACAACUUUGACCAUAUGCAAGAAAUGCUGGGAAAUGUUACUUCGGUACUUGUCAACACUUCCGUCUUGGUUCGUCGAGCAGGUGAUGUGAUUCCACAAGUCGUAUCAAGGGUUGGUGAUGCCUCUACAAAUGAGAACCGAAACAAUGAGAGUGACGAUUGGAUCUCGCUGGAGACACCCAAACAUUGUCCAGCCUGUGGUUCCGAUGUUGCAUGGGAGGAGACCAACGGAACAGCUAUCGGUCCUGUUGUUCGAUGCACUGGUCCACCAAUGCUCUGCCGUCCACAAGCAAUAACAACAUUGGCACAUGCCUAUUCUCGAGAUGCCUUGGACGUCACGGGGCUUUCGGAAAGUCGAAUUCAGCAGCUCAUGGACGCGGACCUUCUCAAGUACCCAGCAGACAUUUUCAACUACAAGGAGAAGGAUUGGGAAAGGCUUCAAGAAUUGCCUCGAUGGGGUCCAAAAUCGGUUAAGAAUCUCCAAAGUGUCACUCACAAGGUAGCAACUCAAGGCAUACCAUUGAGGCGCUUUCUAUACUCGCUGGGUCUCCGUCAUAUGGGGAAGCAUUCGUCCGAGUUGGUUGCCUCCACUUUUGGAACCAAAGAAGAGUUUUUUAAGGCCAUGGAUACUGGGUUGACAUGGGAAAAACCUACUAUAGACGAAGAAAAGGAAGAGGAGGAAGAUGAAGAAAUUUAUUUGGAGCAUCCAUUCUCAAAGCUGAACGGUCAGCUAGGAAUUGGGGAAUCCGUCAUGUCCUCAUUGCUUUCCUUUGCCAAGAACAAGGACCUUUCAGAAGCUGCAAAAGAACUUGCUAGUGCCAUCAAAAUCCUUGAUGAGCAAAAGGUAGAAUACCAAGAUACAGCAGUACCAUCAGAAGGAAAAGACGAUGUUUCAAAACCAUGGAGAGGUAUGAGAGUAGUAUUCACUGGAGCCAUUCCCGACUUUAGUCGGUCGUCUGCACACAGUGCUGCCAAGAGUCUCGGUGCCAAGGCUACACCAGGAAGUGUGAGCAAAUCAACGGAUCUUGUAGUCUAUGGGGAUAAGGGAGGCAAGAAACUGAAACAAGCAAUCCAGUAUGGAGUUACUACUAUGACAGCCGAGGAGUUUAUCCAACUUGUGAAGGAACAUGACCUAGUGGACUAA